AGUAGAGGCUAAACAGACACAAGACCCACCGUUGUGCUGCAACCUUUCGUCUCUCUCUUUCUCCUCUAUGCUUCAACUGGUAUGUAGAACCGAUUUGGUCGUUCCACGAGUUUCAGAUGGUUUUCGUGCUGCUCCGACAAAGUUUGUUGCUUGAAUUGAUGCCUUGUGUCAGCGCGGAGCAGUAGUGGUGGGGGUCGAAGGAUUUCACUCUAAAUUUCAAAAAAUCAUCCAAAGGUCUUGUGAGAUAGAUGCGAUUUAGCGGAUCGGUCGGGAGAUCGAUAGGAUUGUGAAGCGAGUGUGUUGUGAUUUUAGAUCAGGCAGAGGCGCACGAGAGGGAUCAGAGCCGUGUGCAGGGAGCCCGAUCGGAACGAGAAAUUCGAGAGAGGCUCAAUUCAAUUCGUGACAGGCUGCCGGCCACACGAUGGGGCAGAUGUUUUCCAAGAGGACGGACAGCGGGGUAGAGUCGGAUUCAGAGGAGGACGAGGAAUUCCAUGAAGCGAUCGACAGGGACCUGCCGGUGGCGCCAACGCCCAGGCCGAGGGACAUCUUCAGCACGCCUCCCAGCACGCCCAUGCCCAAGGAAAUGGUCACGAUAGGCGAGGACGAGGAGCUGCAGGAGCAGGAGGAGCAGGGGCAGAACAUCAUCGCCCUCACGCCGCACCCCGUCGAGGAGGAGCACAAGGCCACGGACCCGCAGACGCCGCGGGCCAAAGUGCGCCCGCUGUCGAAGACGAUCGUGCGCCCCGAGACGCCCACGCAGGAGCACUGGCUGAAGCUGAGCAAUCUGGAUCGCGUCGUGAACCCGACCUUCAGCAGCGUCAUCCACUUCUACACCAAUGUCAUCGACGCCGACAACUCGUUCAUGGACGUGGUGGCCUUCCUCAAGACCACGCUGGCCAAAACACUCGUAGACUUCUACCCGCUGGCCGGGCGCCUGACGCUGCGCGAGGACGGCGUGGUCGAUCUGCUGUGCGACGACCAGGGCGCCAUCUUCAUCGAGGCCGUGGUCGACGCCGAGCUCAAGGACUGGGGCGGCGCGCAGCCGAACUACCUGCUCAGCGGGCUGGAAAUCGCCAAGGUCGGCUCGGGCCCGAUCUACGUGCCGGACCAGCUCACGCCCAUGCCCGUCACGGUCAUCCAGGUCACCAUGUUCCGCUGCGGCACGAUCGCCAUCGGCACCAACUGGCACCACACGGUGGCCGACGGCUUCUCGGGCACGCACUUCAUGCGCUCGUGGGCCGAGGUGGCGCUGAACAAGCCCAUCUCGUUGCGCCCGGACCACAACCGCGGCAUGCUCACACCUCGUAACCCUCUGAACCCGAGCCUCGUGUACGGGUACAGCACCAAGAGCCUGGAGGACAUCUGCCCCGAGGCGGCCAAGGCGAGCACCACCGAGCCUGCUCGGCUCGGGACCUUCCACCUGGACAAGGAGAAGGUGAAGGAGCUGAAGGACAUCGCCAACCUGUACCCGCCGCCGUUCACCCCGCGGCCUUACACGUCGACGGAGAGCGUGUCGGCGCACCUGUGGAUCCAGAUGACGAAGGCGCGCGCCUCGGCCAACGCGUACACGGCCGAGAGCGCGCGCGACACCGUGACGAAGUUCUUCAUGUUCGUGGACGGGCGCAAGCGCCUGCGCCUGCCGGCGGGGUUCUUCGGCAACGUGGUGUGCAGCGCCUGCGCCGUGGCCAAGGAGGCGGACAUCAUCAACGGGGGCGUGCACUACGCGGCCAGCCUGAUCCGCACGGCCACGCGCAACAUCAACGACGAGUACUUCCGGUCGCUGAUCGACUGGGUGGAGGACAAGGGCAUGUCGUCGUCCAAGUCCGAGCACGUGAACUCGCUCGGGCACGACGUCGCGGCCACCUUCUGGACCUUCUUCCCGCUGUACGAGAUCGAGUUCGGGUGGGGGCGCCCGACCUUCGCGGCCCGCAAUUCGCCGCCGCGGCCGCUCAUCGACGGGAUCGCCAUGAUGCCCAGCGCGGACGGCGCCGGCAACAUGGUGGCGCUGCUGAAUCUGCAUGCGGACCGCAUGUCCAAGCUGCAGCGCCAGAUUUCGUUCGCCACCGUGUUCCACUCGUGAAAUUUUCCCGUCGCGCUUCCUUCAUUUUGAACUCUAUCUGUCACAUACAUUUUUUCCCGAUCCCCACAUCAUUCUUUCAGUGUUGUACUUAAUUCAUUCAUUCGGCUUGUACCGUGCGGGUCGAGAUCUGAGCAGCUCAGCUUGUAGGAACGGUAUAUCAAUCACCAUCAUCAGGAUCGGCGUAGACAAUUGGCUACUGACAUCGCAGCCAACUCUUUCGAGAUCGGACGCGUUACAUCGACUGUGGAGAGAUGACAUUCCUUAGUAAUUCAUCUGGGAGAGGCUGUAGAGGGCGGACACUGACUGACACCAACUUCUGACAAAUAGUUUGAAUCGUAGACAGCCAAUGCUGGCAUUUAUUGUACUCUUUGAGUUGACUGAUUAGCUAGGGCUGUAGCCAGUGCUCGAAGGCUAAAGAUUAGAGAGAAAGAGAGAGAGAGAAGAGAGACAGAGAGACAGAGGAGAAUGUGUUCAGCAUGCAUGACCUUGUACAUUAUCGGUUUCAGUUGCAGUAGUCUUGUAUUCGUGAAGAUCGACGAACCUUCCUAUACUGUACUUGUGAAUCUUUUGGAGUGCAAAGCGCCAGGUGACCACGAUAAGGGAGUUUGUUUGGCGACGGCCCCGAGUCGUCAUUUACGACCGACAAAGAUUCAUCCAUAGAGAGAGGGGCUGUUGGUAGAUCAGUUCAGCGUCCAAGAGCUCAUUCAUCCGAUAGAAGAAAUUUGAAUAAACUACUGCAAGGCAAUCGUUGCAUUGACGCUUGUAAAUAUACACUUCUGGCGUUCUUUG